AGACACGGAUGGUGUUGGGUCACUUGACUUGUAAUUCUAUAAUUCAUUCUCUUUCUUAAUCUCCAACGCCAAAUUCUUCAAAAUCCGAACCCCACCCAGGUGAGGUCAGAUCCGUCUUCUUCCUUUCGUUACUGUUUAGAAGUUUUAUGAUUAUAUGAUCUGAUCCGAAUAGAAUGAAACGAAACGGUUUUGAGCGUUGCAGGGAAAGGGAAUUAAUUUUCCUGUUCUGUUGAGCAGUGGGUGGGACUGAUGUGCAAUGCAGAGAUCACGUGAAGCUCUUCUGGAAAGAAGAGCUUUGGACGACGAACCUGCUAAAUCUGUCUCUGCCUCUUCCUACGGAGUUUCUCUCUCGUUGGUUUUUGUUUUGUGGGGUCUAAUCUUCCUCUUCAGUUUAUGGAUCAGUCACGGUCAUGGUUUCACUCCCACUCCCACAGAUAGAUCUGAAGAACAUUCAGCUCGAUUAUCAAAUUGGAAGGAAGAUAAGCACGGGCAGUGUAAAAGCUCUGAUUCUGCUGAUAAAUGUUUGGUCGAUGCAUACAUUCCUCCUGAGGCUUUACACUCUGAAGAUGAUCAGACUAAUGGUUUUGUUGCUGAGUCACUCCCCCAUGGAGAAACCAGUGAUUAUGCUGUACCUGGUACUUGUAAUAAGGAAGAUUAUGAUACACCCACUAGAGAGGAACAUGAAGUUGAUAGUUGUGAAUCUGCUGUCAGACUCGAGGAUGAUGUACAAAAAUCUGAUCAGUUACCUUGGGCUGUGCCCCUUGGUCUUGAUGAGUUCAAGAGCAGGGCAAUUAGUUCCAAAAUUAAGCCUGGCACUGGUUCAUCUGGAAGUGUAAUGCAUAGAGUGGAGCCUGGUGGUGCAGAAUACAAUUAUGCUUCAGCAUCAAAGGGAGCAAAAGUUUUAGGUUCUAACAAAGAAGCCAAAGGUGCCUCUAAUAUCUUAAGCAGAGACAAAGAUAAGUAUCUUCGAAAUCCAUGUUCUGCUGAAGAGAAAUUUGUCAUUAUAGAACUUUCCGAAGAAACCUUAGUAGAUACAAUAGAAAUAGCUAAUUUUGAGCACCAUUCAUCCAAUUUAAAAGCUUUUGAACUUCUUGGCAGUCUGAGCUUUCCAACUGAUGUUUGGGUUUUUCUUGGGAAUUUUACUGCCUCAAAUGUGAGGCAUGCUCAAAGGUUUGUUCUUCAAGAGCCAAAAUGGGUGAGAUACCUAAAGUUGAAUCUACAAAGUCACUAUGGUUCUGAAUUUUAUUGCACACUAAGUGUAUUUGAAGUUUAUGGUGUGGAUGCUGUUGAGAGGAUGCUGGAGGAUUUGAUAUAUACUCAAGAUAAUCUAUUUGCACCGGAGGAUGGCAAUGCUGAUAAAAAGCCAGCAUCACCCCUUCCUAAUCCUGCUGAGAGUGAAGAUGAUCAUCAAAAUACUUUUGGAGGGAUCAAUUCUGAUCCUGCUUCAGAUAUCUCUUCUGCAAAUCAUGAGAAAGUAAAUAGUAACGUUCCUGAUCCAGUUGAAGAAAUCCGUCAACAAGUUGGCAGGAUGCCUGGGGACACUGUUCUCAAGAUUCUGAUGCAGAAAGUUCGUUCUCUAGACUUAAAUUUGUUUGUUUUGGAGAGGUAUAUGGAGGACUUAAAUUCUAGAUAUGUCAAUAUUUUCAAAGAGUACAGCAAAGACAUAGGAGGAAAAGAUAUACUUAUACAGAAUAUCAAGGAAGACAUUAGGAAUCUCGUUGAACAGCAGGAUAUUAUAAUCAAAGAUGCUAGUGAUCUCCAAUCUUGGAAGUCCCAUAUUUCCAUGCAGUUGGAUCUUCUACUCAGGGACAAUGCUAUUUUGAGGUCCGAGGUUGACGAAGUCCGGAGGAAGCAGGCAUCUUUAGAAAACAAGGGUGUGGUAGUGUUUUUAGUGUGUUGUAUUUUUUCAUUGCUAGUUAUAUUACGGCUUUCUCUAGGUUUGGCUACGAGUGCCUAUAGAGUACUAAAUGUUGAUAGAAAAGAUUACUCCAGGAAAUUUUGUGCGGCUAGCUCUUCCUGGUUCCUCCUAUUAUUGAAUUGUAUCAUUAUUAUUUUCAUAUUAACUUUGUGAUAAUCUAUUUUUGAAAUAUGAUGUCAACUUGUGCGAGAUGCUUGGUGAAUGUGUUGCUUUCGAAAUACAUGUAGAAACUUCAAAGUUAAAUCAAGACUUGAUUUUUCAUUUU